GCUAGUCUACUUGAUGUUGUACCUUUUAUAAUUGUGUUUACAGGAUGACAGGAUGUUAGGGGUUGAAAGGGACCUCUGGAGAUCGAGUCUACCUCCCCUGCCAGAGCAGGACCAUACCUGAGAAACACCCCCCCACCAGCUGCUUUCCAGAUAGCCUUUACUGAGCACAACUUUUUUUACCUACAGAGAAGUAAGGUCUGCUCAAGUGCUCCGUGUCUUGUUCUACAGGAAACAUGCAUUACUGUUGCUUACAAAUUAAAUCAACUUGUGUUUAUGUUUAGAUCCAAAUCCUGAUGUGAAAUGAGUACAGACUUGCAGAAACUCCUUUUUGACAUUUCUGAGGCUUUGGGCACAACUGAACUGGCAUCUCUGAAGUUCCUCAGCCUGGAGUAUGUCCCUAUGAGGAAGCUGGAAGCCAUCCAGAAUGCACAGGACUUUUUCGAAGCGCUGCGGGAGAAAGGCAUGAUCGAGGUGGGAAACCUAUUCUUCCUGAAGGAGCUGCUCUACCGAAUCAGUCGGAUUGACCUCCUGGCUGCCCACCUGGGCUCCAGCCGUGAGGAGAUGGAGAGAGAGCUGAAGAUCCCAGGCAGGGCACAGGUGUCAGCCUACAGGCAACUGCUAUAUGGAAUUGCAGAGGACUUGACUCAAAAAGAUGUCCAGAGCGUGAAGUACCUGCUCCAAGAACAAAUACCAAAGAGCAAGCUCCAGGAUAAUUCAAUGUUGAAGGUGUUACUGGAAAUGGAAAGAAAUGGGAUAAUUAACGAAGAUGACCUGACAAUGCUGAAAGAUAUAUUAAAGGGAUUUAGAGCUGACAUAAAGAAAAAAAUUGAUACCUAUGAAGAAAAAAAAGAAAAUUAUUCUAAGAAAAAACUCCACUACCCAGUGUCUGUGUCAGUACAUCCAGCAGGACAAGGAGCAGAGGGGGAGACACCACACCUGCUUGUGGAAUCAUAUAAAAUGAAAAAUAACCCACAUGGUUACUGUGUGAUUCUUAACAACUACAAUUUUAGAAAUCCAGAUGAAUCUAGAGAAGGAACAGUGAAAGAUGGAGAGGCUGUAAAGAGAGUCUUUAAGUGGCUUCAGUUUGAGACAGUUGAGUACAUGGAUCUAGAAGCAAACCAAAUGUAUGCAAAAGUUAAAGAAUACAGCAAAAAAGAUCAUAGUAACAUGGACUGUUUUGUUUGCUUCAUUUUUUCCCAUGGUGAAAAAGACAAAAUAAAAGGUGUUGAUAAUGAGCUGGUUAAUAUUAAAGAUUUACUUUCCUGCUUCAGUGGAUCUAAUUGUCCUUCUCUUGCUGGCAAACCCAAGCUGUUUUUCAUCCAGGCUUGCCAAGGUUUUGUAGGCCAUCCAGCUGUCAUAGUAAAAGAAGACUUUUCUGGCCAUUUUGAGACUGAUGCUACCCCUCAGAUUUCAAUUCCUGAUCAGGCUGAUAUUCUUGUUGGCAUGGCUACAGUGGAAGACUACGAGUGCUACCGCUGUACAGAAACUGGCAGCAUUUACAUUCAGUGCCUCUGUGAGAAGAUGGAGCUGCUUUGCCCACUCUCCAAGGAUCUCAUAACCAUCCUGACUGAAGUGAACAAGGAAGUGGGAAGAAGAGUAAUAAAACAAAAGAAGCAGAUGCCAAAGAUAACGUCAACUCUACGGAAGCAAUUGAUCUUUCCAAUUCCACAAUGUCCAUCAACUGAAAAACAGGAAAAUACACUCAGUUAGGGGUUAGAAUGGGCUUACACAGGAAAGAGAAUUUUCACGAGAAAUUGUUUGAAUCUGUGUAUUAACAAACCGCUUCUUCAAGGGGCUGUGGGACAUAAAUUUUCAAAUUUCCAUGUUUAAUCUGUAGCAGUCUGGUAAGGCCAUGGAGGAGUAGAGACCUGACAUUCUGUCCUGCAGAAGCAGUGGAAUCUGCACAGUCUGAAUUACAGGUGAGGAAAUACUUGUAAGUAAGAAGGAAAUACUUGUAUGAUUUUUAAGAGUUACUGGAAAUGGUAAUGGAAGUCCCAUUUCUGAGUUAGAAGUCCCUGAUAUAUGAAGAAAAGAAUGGAUGGAUUCAGAAUGUUAGAUCCCUUCCCAGGGAGGGUGUAUAAGAUUAUAAUUGAUUUACUCAGAGGUGAAUUGUUUGCUGUCUCUGGAAGACACAUAAUUUUUCUUGAAAAAUAAUGUCCCUGUCAAGAAGAAUGAAGAAAAAGAUGAUCAUGGUAAUAAAAGUUUGGUUCUUUUUCUCCAGAUGUGUUUCUUUGCAUCAUAGUGUCAAUUUACUUGGCUAAACAAUACUGCUGUUUAUAUUUUUUUAAUAGUAAAGAGUUGUAAUUGUGUUUUGUUCUUAGAGCUCUUAAGGGACAGUCAGGUUUAAAUUGUUGUUGACCACUGGUAGGAAGGUUAACUCCAUUAGAUCCACUACUCCAAGGUGCCUUCUUCUGGCAACUGACAUUAGCUCUUGUGGACUCUAGGUUUUGCUUUAAUAAAUACUCUCUUGGUUUUCACACCACCUUUGUUUGUGGCGAGUUCCUCUUUUGGAGGAGCUGACUGAGAGUCAGUCAGCAUGACAAACACUUCAGCAAAAGUUACUUUGCUCUCAUUGAUGUAUUCAUUGGCAGCCACCUGUGUGGUAGCAUAGUGUUCUCCCUUCAUUAGCAGCUGCAGAGAUGGUAGGAAGGACUAAGUUUAAGUUCAGGACUAAUGAUAAUGGCAGUUGAUGCCAGUGAGGCUGUUGUUACCUUGCAUCCUCAGCAACGUCUAGGUGGUGUGUGGCAUU